AUGAAAAUAAAAAUAGAAGAAGCGGUGCCCUUGAUAAACUAUUGAGGGCGCUUUCUCACUGCCAAGGAACUUUUGCCUGGGCCUUGAGAAUUUCUAGUCUAGACAGCGGCGGGGACGGUAAUUGGUGCAUAUUUCUUGCGUCCCCUCAGCUUAAAAAUCGUCGUUUAUUCAUGCCCAAGCAAAGCUGACGUCGAACGAUAAAGUGCACUGAAAAUCGUGUUUUUCCAGUGAGUACUGCAUGAUGUUCACUCCGACCCAAAACCACAUUCUCCACAGCAGCACACACCAUGAGAUACUACGGACAUGGGAGUCUGGCAACGUUCACGUUAAUGCUUCCAACCUGAUCUAUCCCAUCUUCAUCACUGAUAAUGAGAAUGCUGUCGAACCGAUAGACAGCCUACCCGGCCAGUCGCGGUACGGGGUGAACCGACUGGGGGAGUUCUUAGAACCGCUGAUCAAGAAGGGGCUGAAAUCUGUCCUGCUGUUUGGAGUGCCGACAAAUUUGCCAAAGGAUAGCCGAGGUCAGAAGGCUGAUCAGAAGGAUUCCCCAGUUGUCCAAGGAAUCAAGAAGAUUCGUGGCCUCUUCCCAAGUCUGCUCGUGUGCUGCGAUGUCUGUCUGUGUGCCUAUACAGACCAUGGACACUGUGGAAUAUUGUCGCCUGAUGGGAGUAUUGACAACAAGGCUAGCAUCUCACGGCUAUCAGAGGUGGCCUUGGCUUAUGCAGUGGCUGGUUGUCAGGUUGUAGCGCCCUCAGACAUGAUGGACGGUCGCGUCGGUGCAAUCAAGCAAACCUUGGUACGCAAUCACCUGCAAGGCAAGGUCGCCGUCAUGAGCUACAGUGCCAAGUUUGCUUCCAGUUUUUACGGACCGUUUAGGAGUGCUGCCAAGUCGGCCCCGUCGUUUGGCGACAGAAAGUGCUACCAGCUUCCCCCAGGGUCUAAAGGACUCGCCAGCAGAGCUGUGGAUCGAGACGUGGCCGAGGGCGCGGACAUCCUGAUGGUCAAACCGGGGAUGCCGUACUUGGAUGUGGUCAAGCAGACUAAAGACAAGUAUCCCGAGAUCCCAUUGGCCAUAUACCACGUGUCUGGGGAGUACGCCAUGUUAUAUCACGCCAGCCAGGCAGGAGCCUUGGACCUGAAGUCAGCUGUCUUGGAAUCACUCACUGGCAUGAGAAGAGCAGGUGCUGAUAUCAUCAUUACAUACUUUGUUCCUCAGCUUCUAGACUGGAUGGCAUCCUAAAUAGAAAAAAAAGGAUCAAACUGGAAUAAAAUAAAAACGUCUGACAAUAGGUUCAACUCGCACCUGUAAGUCUUCAGCCAAGAAUCGUCAACUUCCCGAUGUUUUUGUGUCAAAAUGUGGAACUAUUUUUCUGUAGACCUAAGGACAGUUCAUGUGCGAAUGCGAAUGCGAAGCGAAUGUGACGUCAGUGAACAUUAGCUGCCAAAUUUGCCGGAGUUUAAAUGUGUUACAGUUUUGCGAGUUCUCAGUGUGAAUACUUGCCGUAGCGUCACAAAUAAUAAAAUUCACGCGUCACAAACGUCAUAAAUUUCGCGUUUGCAUUCGCGCAAAGUAUGAACCGAACUUAACUUAAUACUCCUUAAAAGAAAAAAGUCCUUUGUGAAUACUGGUAAGUUGAUGUGUACAAUGCAUUGUGGUUUAGUAAAUAUACUGCAAAACUGACUACAACUCAAAUGUUUUUGCCGUUGUCAUGGCUGUUGCGCCCAAGUUAUGUUUUUUUUAUGCAACGCAACGGCAAACUACAGAUGCGGUAUUAUACAGCAAAUCCUAAAUUUACGAUCCAUUUUGAGACAAUAGGCCUCGUGUCAGAGGGCGUUCUUUGUCGUUUUUAUUUUUAACAAUGAGUGAACAAAAUGUUCACUCGUGCCUCUCCAAGCAAUACAAUACAUUUGUCCUCUGACUGCCUCAACGCAAAAGGUCUAUUGUGCCAUGCAGGCUUGUUAAUGAAACUAGGACCAGUUUCAUGAUAUUGCUAAGUGAUUUUUUUUUGGGGGGGGGGGCAAAUACCAACACUUUUCAUUUUGCAGUAAGCAUAUGGGGCACAUAAAUGUGCAGACGUUUUGCUUCUGAAAAAUGAAGCUUUGUAUAUGUACAUUUCUUUCGGCUUGAGUUUCCAAAGAUAUGACGGUCAUUUUAGCAAUACCAUGAAAUGUGGUUCAAGAUUGCAAUAAGAGGUAAGUGAAUAAUAAAAACAGAAAAUAAAAACAGAAGUUUUUAAUACAUUGCACUUUUGUUUUUUUAAUUUUUAUAGCAGAAUAUAUAAAUAGUUAUAAGCAGCAGCUGUAAUGAUUUAAAUUAUUGAAUUUCAAUCCAGUCAAUUUUACAGUAAUCAAGUGAACUACUUUCUUUUACCCUUUCAGUCCUGUUUCAAAGAUAUCCUGGGUUAUAUAUCGUUUAAUUUCAAGCUUCAGAGACCCUACCUGAGAUAUCUAUGGUUAUAUAAAAGUGUGCUCAGAGUACAUUUGGAGGUCAUUUGUGUGCAGUGUACGGUACUGAAAGGGUAAAAAAAAGUUGAUUAUAUAAUUUUUAAUAAUCAAAUAGAAUACCAUAGCGUUGCCUUCAGUAACAUUUGCCAAAACUCUUGAGAGUUUUUCUACAUUAUAUUGCCCAAGGCAAGUAAAUGAUCCUUAAAAUCACAGGGUUUUACCAAACCUGUAUGUAGCCAGAGAAUCUAGAUCUAGAUUUUUGUGGAAGUGUUAGUUCAAUUUUCCCCUCGAUAAACUACCCAUGCUGUGAUUCGCCUCUGAAAAUUGUGAUUUUGCCUGUGGUGGUGAUAAAAUCUGUACACCAUUUAGUUCUUUUUGGAGUGUGGUGAUGUAGAUUUAAAAAUGUAGUUUAUUUGAGCCGUCAUCCCGUACCGUGCCAAUAGGUUCAGCGUCGCUAAACUUUUACGAACCCUUCCAGUAUUGAAUCCCCGUGCAUGUCAUCUUGAAACAUUAUUUACUUUUUUGACCGAGUUGAAGAGGUGUUAACGUUGCAUGCAAUUGAAAUUCAGUGUGUGAUUGUGGAUUUUCCAACAGAAAUAUUCCAAAUUUUGAAAAGUGUGUUUUUUGGUAAUUAUUUAGACUUGUAAUGCAGUGCCUUUAGUUGCCUACCAGUAGUUCAGAUGCAGUGUGGCCUUUUGUGUAACUUGAUAAAUUUCAACUUUUUGGUCCGAGAUCAGCAAAUUUAGGUACAUACACAUGUUGCCACAUGUUUAAAACCAAGUUUUUUUUGCAAGAUAUUGGAAUCAUAGAGUCCAAAAUUUGUGAGUCCUUAACUGCCAAAUAUGUUACAGGUUGUACUGAUUCUGCCAAUGAGGGUUUUGAUGAAUCUGGGCACAUGAACACCACAUGGCCCCCUUCAAUGGAAAAACUAUUGUGAAUGCUAUUGUACAAAGCUUCUGCCAUUGAAGGGGGCCUUUGUGGUGGAAUUGAUAACAUGCCCGGUUUGGUCUGAACCCGUAGUGGUAGCAAUAAUCCACUUUCGUUUGGAAAUUUGAACAUCCCAAUAAAACCAUUAUACACUGGAUAUUUUAUUGGCUAAACCAACAGCGACAUUUUGCGAUUUUGUAAUUUAGAUUCAUUCAUAUUUUAUAGGUAACUAAGGUGAUAACAGGGCUGUCGCUAGAGGGGCAUUGUGGGGGGGGGGGGGGGGUGACACCCGCCAUUCAAAAUUGCUGUCGGCAAAUCCAUAAUUGUUGUUGGGAAAUUUGUAAAAUUGAGGGCCUUUUUUAAUUAUAUUAUUUUACUGUUGUGGGCAAAUUUUUUUUCUUUGCUUGUCAAAUAUUUUGUUGCAACUUUGUAGGCAAAUUUUACUUUUCAUACCUCCCAUAAAUUUUUCUGUUGGCAAAUCUGUAAAUUGAGGACCGUUUUGUGGUCUGACACCCCCCCCCCACCCCCCAUUGAAAAUGUUCUAGCGACGCCCCUGAGUGAUAACAGAAAAAGAAGACUAAAUUUCACAAGAUUCACAAUUUUAAAACAAUACGGUGAAAGCCCAAGCAUUGCAGGCAUGCAACUUUUCCUCGGAUCAGCUGAUUUCCUCGUUUUUCAUUUCACACUUAUACUAUUACAAAUUGAAAAACACUGUCUAAAGUCUUGUCAAGAUUGGAGUUUCCUCUUUUUUGUUAUUUUCAAGUUGCAUGCCUUGCAUUGAAAGCACCGAAGGGAAAAGAGACACCGCCAAAAAAAACCCAACAAAGCAAUCACAUCAAAAGUUGUAGAAAAAUGCAUCGGUAUUUAAAUUAUGUAUACAUGUAAAUUAAACAAAUUUUAACUGAUCUGUGUAUAAUUUAAAAUUAGACAUUCAAUAUAAUUUCGAAAUGAGGAGUUUCUCAUUUCAGAUUGCUUGGCUUGGGCUUGAGUAAAUCCUACAAAUAGAAAUGACUUUUGAAAGUACCCCAAUGAAAGACGCAAUGAGUGAGGCCUAGAAAUACAAAUUCCUAUAGAGAGUGGAAGUCGCGCUAGUUAAAGAUUUAUCCCACUGUUAUCUGCGUGAUUGAUUAAACAGAAUAGUCAAUAUGCAAGCUCUAUUGAAUACUGGCUGAAAAAAAAAAAAGAUUCAUUUAUCUUGUAUUCAGUACUUAAAAAGUAAACUGUAUAAGUCAAUGUUUGGUGUGUAUAUGGGUCAUUCUAUCAAUUUGGGGUCCACUUUUUUUUUAAAGUCCUGUCCCCGUUACAUCUGGUAACAAUGAUUUUAUAAAAACGUGUCUGAUGCACUUCUUAAUUCAACCAACCUCUAAGAGUGUCAAAUGUCACACUUUGGACCCUUAAUUUAUAGAAUGAAGUUCAAUGAACCAUAUAUGUAGGCGUAACAAUAGUUGAGAUUUUUGCUUUUUAAAGAAAGACUGUCACGGCAGAACAGAAAAAAACCCAUUAAUAAGCAAAUUAAGCAAAAUUGGAAAGAACUUGCUAUUUUUU